UGGCCGCUGCGAAAUAAUUUAAUUAAUUAGCAAAUAACAGAAGUUUCAGCAUAAUAAUGGCAAUUGUGCGCAUACCCAAGCAAAAGGUGAUUCUCUGCGGCGACUAUGGCGUCGGCAAGAGUUCGCUAUUUCGCCGCUUUACCAACAACACAUUCGUUACGGAGACGGACCGCAAAUCCACACUGGGACUGGAUCACAUUGAUCGGGAGUACGAUGUGGGCGACAAGCAGAUUAAGCUCCAACUGUGGGACACUGGCGGCAUGGAACGUGUGGCUUCUGUGACCUCUUCUUACUAUAAAUUUGCAGAGGGUGCAAUCCUUGUCUUCGCCCUGGACAAUGCCGCCUCCUUUCACUCGCUCUCGCAGCACUUGCUGGACAUUGUUACGUAUGCGGAGAAUGCGAAGAUUUUCAUCUGCGGCAACAAGAGCGAUUUGGAGGGCCGCGAGCCGGAAGUCAGUGACGAGGAGGUGGAAGCCUUUUGCGAGCAGUGUCACUCACUAAUCAGCGCCACUUACAAGACAUCCUGUCGCACUGGGGCGGGUGUUGAGGAAAUGUUUCGCGAUAUAUCGCGACAGCUGGUGCAUGCCAAUCGCUCCAAAAUGGAGCUGCAGGCUCUCGAGCAGAAGAGCUUCAAAAUUGACACGGCCAGUGACCCGACAGUCAACGAGGAGGCCUCCUCGUGCAGUUGCUAGCAGUUGGGGAACAUUGAGUUUGGCUAAAGACAUCCCACAGCCAGACUCAAUGCGAGCAGAAAUGCAUUUUUUUUGUACUUUUUGUUUAUUAACGAUGCGAAUUGUAGGUGGUUAUGUUGUUUUUUACGAAUUAAUGCAAAAUACGUCCCGAAAAUUAACACGAAACACCAAACUUUUAACAUGAGUCAUAGCAUAAGAGUAGUAUCUAGUGUCUAGGCGCCGUGUAAUGCCAAAUAUAAGCUACACGUAUGUAGUGCGUUAGUGCGUAAGUCUUUGCAGCUUUGUUCCACUAGGAUUAGCCAUUGGGAUGUUUCCUUCACACACUGAAUACUCAUUAACGUAAGAUAUUCUAAACAAAUAAUAAAUAAUCGAUUCACAAAA